CCGAAUACGCACGUGAUUGCUAUAUUUCGUCGGUAACUUUUUGUGUAAUAAAUAAAAAAAAUAAAAAUGGGCAGGAAAAAAGGUGGUGCAAAAAAUAAAUUGGCUAAAAUGUCCGAGGAAGAACGGGCACGGUACCUUCAGCAUCGAGCAGACAUGGAGGAGGAAGCUCGCCGUCGGAAGCAGCAGCUAAUUGCCACGUUCAUGAAGAAUAAACUAAAACGCGAGGAUGCCUUCUCGCGGCUCAAUCUGGCAAAGAUCAACCAGGAAUGGCGUACCAUUCUGCGCAACAUCAAGUGCAAGGAGCUGCGCAACGAGAUCGAACUGGUGGAAAAAAUGUGCAAAGAGUGCAUCGAGAACAAGAACGGCAUCAUCCGGCGGUUGCUGUGCGAUCUGGACGAAUCGGAAGAAAUUUAUGCAACCAUGCUGCACGCUCACAUGGAAAAGAUCGAAAAAAUUACGAACAUACACAACGAUCGGUUGCAGUUUCUGACUAAGCUGUACGAGAUCGAGAAGAAAGAGAUUAUAGGGAACUACGACCAGGAGAUUGCAAACUACAAAAGUAAGAAGUUUGGUUUACAGAAGGAAUUGGAAUGUGUGUUCUACGGGUUAGCGGAGCGAUCGAGACUUGAAAGAAAACAAGCAGAGGAGGAGCACAUGCUGAAAAAGGACGAACUAAAAAAUUCGAUGAUUCUCAAACUGGAGAUAAUUACCAAGGAACGGGAACGGCACAUGGAAAAGCUAUGGAAAGAGUUCCAAAAGGUGCUGAGCACGUAUCUUCGCAACACCGAAGAGUACCGCAACGAGUACAGUAAGCUGCGCGAUCAGGACGCCAAUGAUACGAAAAAUAUUCAGAACCACUACGCUGAGGUCGCUCGGCUAGGUGACCUGAUAGCCAACCUGCGUCAGAAAUUGGUCACCAUCAAGGAUGAGCAUCAGUUUAAUUUGAAGCAGCUGCACAAGUCGAAAGUAGAACUGCAAGAUCGAGUUAGGAACAUUAAACAGGAAAUGGAAAUUGGGUUGAAAAUGGACGAGGAUAGACUGAAACAACUAGCGGUUUGUAGCAACGGAAUCAUCAGAUACCUGCAGAAUUUGCUGAAGCGAGGCAAUGCUAUUCUGCAAACAGCAACUUUCUGUAAAAAGUUUGAAACCGAAAAUGAAAGUUUGCUACCGUUUGUUCAUAGUGCAGUUAAGCGGCAGAUGUUUGAGGUAGAUGAAGAUGAGCUUAAGGAACCAACAACUGAUUUUGAGGUGUUCAAAAAGGACACCUUUGGCAUCGCGAAAAAGUUCGAAAACUUUUGGAUGAGGUAUAACAAAGCCAGAAUAGAUUGCGCUUGCUUGCAGGAGGAAAAACAGCAAUUACAAGAGGAAAACGAACGACUAAAGAAUCAGCUGAAGGAGUAUUUGAUUACAGUCAACAUUAAUAAUGGUGGCUCAUUGGAAUCCAAUGAAACAUUGUUGGCUAAAAGACCUAGCUCAAUGAAGGUCGAGAAGGUGAUGCAUAUCGAUUUGAAAAAUAAAGCCGUUAGAUACAAUAAAAGCGGCCAACGUAGACCAGUCACUUGCAUAGAGGGUAAUUUGAGCAAUGCCAUACGAAAUGAUAGGCUGUUGGAAAUCCGAAGCAAACCGAUAGAGUUAUACUCGCUGAUUCAUCAGUCAACGUAAAUUACUAACCGCAUCAUCAAUUCACUAUGAUUUAUUCAUUCUUGUUU